AAAUACUCAGAAUAACCGCGUUUUCCCGUUCAAUUUCAAUAUACCGGCACAAAAGAAAGGCGACAUUGCUACCCCAUCACUAGCAAGAAGCUAUGGUGUUGAACCUACUUCGGUCACAUUCAACUCUGGAAGCUCUCAAGAAGGCAGUGACUUCCAGUUCACGUUCGAAAUGCCUAGGCAGAACCUAACUACAACUCCGCAAUGGCCAGCCUAUUCCCCAGUCACUCCAUCAACGAUAUACUCGAAAUAUCCUCAAGGUCAACUUUCAGGCAACUUGAAAGUAAAUCCUGGAAAGCCCUCUGUGUAUAUUUUCAAAGGAUCUAAUUCAUUCAAUGAGAAAACUGUCUCAAGAAUACCACGGCCAGCUCCACCUGCCUUCAACGCAGCCGCUUCUUCUGAUGAAAAAGAAAAUACAUGUUCGUCGCAGCCAUUUAAUUUCAAUUUAGGAGCUUCUUCACCCUUCGAUGUAAAUGGCGCUUUGAGACCGCCCUCUCUGACCGACUUCGGGUUUUCUGCCUCCUCUACUGAGAAAUGCAAGUCAAGAAUACCAGUUUCUACCGCGUCCAAAACUUUUGUUUCUACUGGCGAUAAGGAAAAUAUGAGUGGACCUCAUCUGGUUGCACAUACCUACGGACUGUCUUCUCCAUCUCAUGAGAAAAGCAAUGCAAAAAGACCAGUUCCUUUUACCUUUGGAGACUCUACUUCUUAUACCAAGAAUGAAAGCGCAGCUACAUCGCGCAUAGUUCCCUUUACAUUCACACUUGCUGCUCCGUCUGAUGUAAAAAGCAAUUCAAAAACAACAGUUUGUGGCACCCCUACAGCCUGUACUGUCAAUACCAGAAAAACGAGUACUCUACCGCCAGUAAAAUUCACUUUCGGAGCCUCUGCUUCUCCUGAAGAAAAAGGCAACUCAAAUAGACCAGCUCCUUACACCUUCAGAGGGUCCGCUUCCAAAGAGGACAACAAAAAUACAUCGAAGAUGGUACCUUUCACAUUCACAUUUUCCACUCCACCGGUUGAAAAAGAACGUACAAGCAUGGUACCACCAUUUUGUUUCGCCUCCAAAGUUCCUGCUUCCUCCAAUCAAACACGUAAUCUGAAAUUGACUCUACCAGCUCCACUUAUUUUCAAAACAUCCACUUCACCUGAACCAAAUAUCUAGACAAGGCGGAUGAUAAUCUCAAUUCUACUACUGGCGAAAGUAUUUGCUACAUUGAAAGAAAACCAACUGCAGAUCAAAAGCCAUGGCUAAAAAA